AUGAGUAGGAUGCCUCUUCCCUGGCUUUGGUCUUUUCUAUUCUUCUUAAUGCUUUUUAUUUUGGGCAUUAGUUCCCAAUUUGGAUUAGCCGAAGUUAUGAUUACAGCCAUUUAUGACCAAUUCCCUGCUGUUCGCCCUUAUAGGGGUUGGCUGGCUGUUGGGGUUUGUGGAUCUCUUUUCUUAGUUGGACUAAUUAUGUGUACAAGGGUAAGAUUUAUGGUACUUUAUGGUAAUUUUGUAUUAUCUAUUUACGCUUAUCAAAUAAACAUUAUAAAAUUUAUUAGAUUAAAUACUUAUAAAUAG